AUGAUCCGACCCGCUAGCCCCGCCCCGACCCGACCCGGUCCAAGCCCCGUACCCGCAGAUUCACAUUCAGAUCACCCGAUAUUAAACCUUUCAACAGCAAUCAUCAAUCAUGCAAGCUGGCGAUUCACCCAUGGAAUCUCUUUCCGAACCAACCAUCAGGCCAGAGAAGAUGGACAGAUUCAACUUCCAUCGAAACAUAUUGAUCCUAAUGUUUUGGAGGCAUCUUCCAAGAAACAGGCUGAGGACUCAGUGAUGAUGGACAUGGACACCAGCACAUCUGAAGAGCCUGCAGGGGACAAAGUUAGUAACGAUGAAGUCCUCAGUGGGAACAAAAACCCCGGUGUUCAGAUUGAUAAAGAUUCAAAGGAUCCGGCCGAACUCAAUAAUAAUCAUGAAAGAUGGGGAAAGACCGUUGAAAGACCUUCAUUUCAAGAAGGAUAUAGCAUCAAAACCACCACUAGUGACGAAGCUGGCCUCAAUCGAGAGCAGCUCAUUGAGCUCAAGCGUGAACAAUAUGCCAAAAUAGUGGCCAGGACUUACCAAAGGCUCAAAACCACGAUGGCGGAAGAGGGAUUGGACGAAAACAAAGAAGGCAUCGAAGGGGAGGUGAAUGAUUUGACUGGCAGUCUGGCCAGGGUGAAGUUCUCAUUGGAUCAAAAAGCCGCCGAACUGGACCGUCUCAUCACCUCCAAUGAACCGGAAAUUCAAAUCACCUCAGCCCUGAUUGUGGUUUCUGAUUCAGAGGACGACAACAACCGCCCUCGAAAUGUGGCCACCAAGCGUAAAGUUCCUAUGGGCAAGGCAAAGGCUGUCACUACUCAAAUCAACCCCGCGAUUUACUUCGACUUAGAAGCCAAGGAAGGACAUUCUGAUGAUGAUGAGAAGAAACGCCCAUCAAAGAAACUUCGAAGCCAGCCCAAAAGUACCGAGUUUGUCACCGCGGAGGAUGAUCCUAAGGUUGAUCAGCCAAGCAAAAAGGAGGAGAUUGUCGAAGCUAAAGCUAUCAAGAAGGCGAAGAAGAGUGACGCUGAUAAACCCAAGAAGCCCGCUGUCUACAAAGUUCCAGAGAGUGAAUUCUCAAUCUUUGCUAGAAAGAACGUGGACAUCACAGUACUUCAACUCUGGUAG